UUUCCACAUAGGAAGAAGUUUUGGUAUGAGAGUCCUUCUCUGGGGUCUCACCUGGCCCACAAGCCAUCCAAGCUGGACUUCCUCAACAAGAAGACCUCAAAGACCACCACCAAGGAAGACCAUGUGCGCCUGAGGACCUUGAAUGGCCUCCUUCUCAAAGCACUGACAGAUCUGCUGUGCACCCCUGAAGUAAGCCAGGAAGUCUGUGACCUGAACGUGGAGCUCUCCAAGGUCUCGCUGGCUUCGGACUUCUCAGCCUGCCGUGUGUACUGGAAGACGGGUCUCUCCGCAGACCAGAACAAGCACACAGAAGCCGUCCUGCAGAGGAGCGCGGCACACAUGAGACACCUGGUGAUGUCCCAGCAGAUACUGAGGAAUGUGCCCCCCAUAGUGUUUGUUCAAGACAGAAAAGACACAGUUCUGGCCAAGGUGGAUGAGCUACUGGCAGCCGCCGACUUCGGACCCCCAGAUGAGAAGGACGGUUUGGCACAGGCUGAUUUGAGGAAUCCAGGUGCCCUGUCACCAAAUGACUCCCGGGGACCUGCUGUGCACUCAUGUCUGUGUGGGAUUGAUCAUGAGUCGCUCAACAAGAAAGUAAUGGAGUACAAACGGCGGAAGGAAAAGGGGCUCAGGGGUGUGGCGUUGGUGCCGCCGCUGCAGGACCAGCAGCAGGUGGCUGGGCUGACACAGCCAGUAAGGAGGAAAAAGAAGUCUCUGCCCUGCCAGGACUGGGAUGCCACGCCUGGGAGUGAGGAAGAGGAGGGGGAGAAGGGACGCGGGAAAGGCACCGCGGCGUGCUGAGCAGAGGAGCUGCGGGGCGGGAGAGAGGCGGGGCACAGGCCUCCCG